AUGGGAAAGCUUGACCAGGAAACAGAGAAAAGUGAUGAAUUAUCAAGCAAAGCUGAGGGCAAUGGAAAUCCUAGAACCUCAGGUGGGUCAUUACGGAUGGUUUUGAAGCAAUCAGACAGGGUAGAUAUGCUGUUGAUGGUGCUGGGGACAAUUGGAUGCGUAUCAGAAGGAAUGAACAUGGCUGCAAUCAUGAUAGUUCUCAGCAACUUGAUGAAUGGUUAUGCUGAUGCAUCUUCUCUAAUGCUUGAAGUCAUAAACAAGAAUGCACUGGCCUUGCUCUAUGUUGCUAUUUGUGUGGGUUCUGGUGCAUUUCUAGAAGGAUUCUGUUGGGCGCGCACUGCAGAAAGACAAACAUCCCGACUGCGCAUUAAAUAUUUACAAGCUGUCCUGCGACAAGAUGUUGGUUUCUUUGACACUGUUCAUGGAGCAUCCAUGACAUCCCAAGUGGUCUCAAGUAUAUCAACUGACAUGCUUACCAUACAAGGAGUUCUUAGUGAAAAGAUCCCAAGUUUUAUCAUGAAUAUAUCAAUGUUCAUCACAGCUCAAAUGGCUGCUUCGUACCUCUGUUGGAGAUUGGCUAUUGUUGCCAUCCCGGCGCUGUCAAUGCUGAUUAUUCCAGGGUUGGUAUAUGGAAAACUCAUAUCUGGAGUUGGAGAAAAGAUACAAGAAGCUUAUGCAGUUGCUGAUGGGGUAGUGGAACAGGCACUGUCUUUGAUCAGGACUGUCUAUUCUUAUGUUGGAGAGGAGAGGACAGUGAAGAGCUAUUCAACUGCACUGGAACCAACUUUAAAGUUUGGGAUCAAACAAGGAUUAAUUAAAGGAAUGGCCAUUGGUAGUAUAGGAAUUUCCUAUGCAGUUUGGGCUCUUCAGGCCUGGUAUGGGAGCAUCUUAAUCAUUAAAAAGGACGUCAAAGGUGGGGAUGCUUUUACUGCUGGAGUGUGCAUUAUCAAUGGAGGACUGGCUCUUGGGAGUUGCCUGAUAAAUGUCAAAUACUUCAUGGAGGCCAAUGCUGCUUCUGCUCUUAUUUUUGAUAUGAUUGAGCAUGUUCCAAGCAUAGAUUCUGCAGACUGGCAAGGCAAAACCAUCUCAGAUGUUAAAGGUGAAUUGGAAUUUAAAGGCAUCGAUUUCGCAUAUCCCUCAAGACCAGGAAGCUUGGUGUUGAGAAAUUUCGACCUUAGGGUGAUGGCAUGUCAGACUGUUGGAUUGGUGGGUCGCAGUGGCUCAGGUAAAUCAACAGUGAUCAAUUUGCUUCAGAGAUUCUAUGAUCCCCUUAGUGGAGAGAUCCUACUGGAUGGAAUUAACAUAAAGUCCCUGCAGCUUUAUUGGUUAAGGAGUCAAAUGGGCCUGGUAAGCCAAGAGCCUAUACUUUUUGCAACGUCAAUCAAGGAGAACAUCUUAUUUGGAAAAGAGGAUGCUUCACAGGAUGAAAUAGUUCAAGCAGCCAAAGCUGCCAAUGCACACAACUUCAUCACACAACUACCGAAUGGAUAUGAUACCUUUGUGGGGCAAUUAGGAUUUCAGAUGUCUGGAGGACAGAAACAGAGAAUCUCCAUUGCAAGGGCACUGCUAAGAGACCCAAGAGUCUUGUUGCUUGAUGAAGCCACAAGUUCAUUGGAUUCACAGUCCGAAAAGGCUGUUCAAGAUGCCUUGAACCAGGCCUCAUUAGGACGUACAACUGUGAUUAUAGCACAUCGUUUAUCUGCACUAUGCAAUGCUGAUUUGAUUGCGGUUACUCAAUAUGGGCAAGUGGUAGAGUCUGGUUCUCAUGACCAACUUAUUCAGAACGGGCAUGGCCAAUACUCAGCAAUGGUUCAGCUGCAGAAGACCUUGAUGAAUGAUGAAAGUACAUCAAAAUCUGAAGGGACAGAAAGUAAUAACUCUCCUUCCCCAACUAAAGAUACCCAUAAUGCAGAUGCAUCAAACACUAUGAUUCCUCAUCUAUCAAGUAUUAACAAAAAGACCAACCAACAGCCAGAAGAACAAGAUGGCCCUCCAUCCUUGUGGCAACUGGUACAAAUGACAGAAUCUGACUGGAAGUCAACUCUGAUAGGUUGCUUUGGUGCUCUUUGCUACGGACUAGUUCAGCCAUGGCAAUCUUUCUGCUUGGGUGCAAUCCUAUCUGUCUACUUCAUCAAUGAUAAUGAUGAAAUCAGGUCACAAACAAGAAUAUACUGCUUUGCUUUCUUAUCCCUCGCCAUCUUCGCUUUCAUCACCAACGUCACUCAACAUUACCACUUUGGAAUCAUGGGAGAGAACCUGACAAAAAGGGUCAGAGAAGAAGUCUUUGCGAAGAUUCUGACUUUUGAGAUUGAAUGGUUUGAUCAAGAAACCAACAAUAGUGGGGCUCUAUGCUCAAGAUUAGCCACAGAUGCAACCAUGGUAAGAACUCUGGUCGCAGAUCGUUUGGCAUUUUUUACUCAGGCCAUCUCAUCAGCGACUUUAGCUGUUAUUUUAGGUCUCUUGUUGGCUUGGAAACUUGCCCUUGCAGCUAUUGCUAUGCAGCCACUCAUCAUAGGUUCCUUCUAUAUUAAGGCUGUAAUGAUGAGAACAAUGUCUAAGAAAAUCUUGAAAGCUCAGAACAGAAGCAGCGAAUUAGCAAGUGAGGCCAUUGGCAACCACAGAAUUAUCACUGCAUUUUAUUCUCAGGAAAAGGUUAUGGCACUUUUUGUGGCUACACAGAUAGGCCCCAGGAAAGAGAGUCACAAACAGUCUUGGUACGCAGGAAUCGGACUGUUUACUUCACAGUUCCUCACUGCUGCUAAUUCAGCACUGCUUUUCUGGUAUGGGGGAAAGCUCCUCUACCAUGGGAAUAUCAUGUACAAGAACCUUUUUCAGACAUUCUUCAUCUUGGUGGCAACAGGGAGAAUUAUAGCGGAGACAGGAAGCAUGACUGCAGAUUUAUCAAAGGGUACCAGUGCGUUAAAAUCAAUUUCUACGAUCUUGAGAAGGAAGAGCAAGAUGGAUUCAGAUGAAGCAAAUGGUAUCAAUCCAGAAAAGAUAAAUGGAGAUAUAGAGCUUAAAGAGGUGGAUUUCUUUUAUCCAACAAGACCGAAACAGAUGAUCUUGACUAGUCUAAGCCUAAAGAUUGAUGCUGGAAAAGUUGUAGCGUUGGUUGGCCAGAGUGGGUGUGGAAAAUCCACCAUCAUCAGAAUGAUUGAGAGAUUCUAUGACCCAUCAAAGGGAUCAGUGGAAAUAGAUGGAAUUGACAUCAAGUCCUACAAGCUGAGGUCUUUAAGGUCACAUAUUGCUUGGGUAGGUCAGGAGCCUACUCUUUUUGCAGGAACAAUACAUGAAAACAUUGCAUAUGGAAAAGAGAAUGCAACUGAAGCAGAGAUAAUCGAAGCUGCAACUCUUGCAAAUGCCCAUGAGUUUAUAAGUUCAAUGAAAGAUGGAUAUGAGACAUACUGUGGAGAAAGAGGUGUACAGUUGUCUGGUGGGCAAAAGCAAAGGAUAGUUCUUGCUCGAGCAAUCUUGAAAAAUCCUGCAAUAUUGCUUUUGGAUGAGGCAACAAGUGCAUUAGACAUUAAAUCGGAGAACCUUGUACACAAUGCACUAGAGAAGACCAUGGUUGGUAGGACAUGCUUGGUUGUGGCUCAUCGACUAUCCACGGUUCAGAAAUCAUAUAAAAUAUUAGUGAUCGACAAUGGAAGGAUGGUAGAAGAAGGUUCUCACAGUGAGCUUAUUGCAAAGGGAGAAAAGGGUGCUUACUUUUCACUUGUUAGGCUCCAACAGCAAGCUGCCAUGAAGUAG